UGUCACGUCUCGAGCCGAGAACAACUCGCGCUUGCUGUCAGUGGGAAGUUUCAAAUAUUGUUUAUCGUGAGAGUGUAUUUCUUCUACAAUACGUCACUGACAACUAGCUUCAAAGUUGUAAUGUUCAGUGGCAUAUGAACCAGGAUACCGGUAAAAUUUCUUGUUACGACGAAUUCCGCUUGGUGUGAUGAAGCUCGCCAUGUUAUUGGUGUUUAUUCUUGGAGGCAAUGGGAAGACCACACAGGAUGGCUGUAAUAUAAAAGAAUUUAACACUUGUAUUAGUAAGAAUUUCCGGGGUGACAGAAACAUCAGAUUUGGUGGACUCUCGGAAUCCUUGGAAAACCUAAUUUUGACUUGCAGGAAAUUUUACAAAGGAAUGGACUGCAUAGAGAAUUUCUACGAAAGAUGUCAAAAUUUAGUUCAAAGAAAAUACAUAGAGAAGCAGAUUGCUGGAGCUAGGAUUGCAAUGUCACAUCUCUGUCCUGGUGAAGACAUUAAACAAGUCAACCAAACAUACGACAGUUGUUACCGUGAUCUGAAUACGAAUAUCUCUGAAUGUAUCAAGCCUCUUCAGCGCUUGCCUCGUCACGGAAAAGAAGAAAAUAGGAAAGACUUGUGUUGUGCCCGUAACGUGACACUGAACUGUGUUAUCAGUGCUGUGAGAAAAACUUGUAAUCAGAAGGCAGUGAAGUUUGCUCAACUAAUGCUCCAGAUGGUGACGCCAUCUUUAAACUCAACUUGUGCGGCUAUUUCAGAUGACUACUGUUCAGGAUCGAAGAUGUUCUUUCUCAUCAAUUCAGCUUUUGGUGUUUGUGUUGUUACUUUCUUAAUUUUAAUUUUUCACACUCAUUGGUGUUUCUGUAGUUAAAUUUCAUGUAAUUAUUAUUGUAGUUAUGAAAGACGUAUGUCUUUGAAAAUGUUAAGGAUUCUUUA